AUGCCCUCGUCUCCCGCCACAUCCAAGGUCGAGGUCCAGGAGCACUUGAAGCGAUGGCGCCUUGAUGCUGCGCGAGUCCAAAAGCUGUGGGACCGGAUCGGUCGUGCAGGUCCAGGAGCGGGCGAGGUCGUCGAGAUCCUCGACUGGGUUGCGGAGAAGCAGGUUGAACUCACUCGCGAGAAGGAUGCGUUGGCACACCCUCAGAAGGAGCUGACCAGGGAGGAGCGUCUCGCGAUUGCGACGCAUAUAGAACACUAUCGCGACACGCUGGAGCGUUACGAAGACGAGCUGGACGAGUAUCCACAUGAUGUGCGCGAUACGGUUGAGCGUGCAUACGAGGAAGCGAGGGAUCUCGUGGAAGACCUCGUUGAAUUGCGGGAAGACUGCGAAGAACACGAGCUCAAGAACAGCGCGAGAGAGAUCACUGCAGAGCUCCAUCGCCUGAACCAACAUGCCGAGCAGAUCCGCUCCAUGCUCGUCCUGGACGUCCAGAUGUCACAAGCGAGCGACCCGUCCGAUCGCGAAGCUUUGCCAUCGCACCGCCAGAUCUCGCCGCCUCACCGCCCGCGACGCAUCAUUCGACCUCCCGAGGGCCGCGAAGCCCGCCGAGCGGCGUACCUUGCCCGGAAGAACGAACGAUCAGGGCUCGCGCAAGUUUCGUACCCGGAGAACGCCCUCGCCAAGUCUCACAGCCGGUUGGGGUACAGGCAGAUGCGGAGGUAUUUCAACUUUGGGUAUUGA